GUGAGUGGCGCGCAGGAGGUUUCUGAACGUUUACCUCAGUUCGUUAUUUGAUUGUCUGUCAACAAAAUAAUUCGCCGCGCGAUCUACGUUGCCAACGUAGGUCAACUUUAACUCGUGAAAGUGAGGUGUUGUGGAUUAGUAAAAUGGAUAUUGUUUAUUAGUUUCGCCUUUUGAUUGUGUACAGUGAUUAUAUCGCGCAGAGAUACAUAAUAAAAGAGUGAACAAUGACCAUGGACAAACAGUUGGUAUGGGUGCGGGACCCCACCGAGGGUUUCGUACUCGCCCGCCUCCAUGAGCUCAUGGGAGAGGAAGCUGAUGUCUUCCCAGUGGACAACAGGCAUCCUCGACGAGUGUGUAACUUCGAUGACAUCUUCCCGGCUGGCGACCCUUCUAAAGAUGUUGAUGAUAAUUGUGAACUCAUGUUCCUCAACGAGGCGACGCUACUCAACAAUAUUCUAACACGCUAUAAGAAGAGCAAAAUUUACACAUUUGUGGCGAAUAUUCUGCUUGCAGUCAACCCUUACGAAGACAUUCCAGACAUGUACUCGUCUACCACAAUCAAGAAAUACCAAGGCCGGUCCUUGGGUGAACUACCGCCACAUGUAUUCGCUGUUGCUGAUAAAUCAUUUCGGGAUAUGAAGGCGUUAAAACAAUCACAGUCUAUUAUUGUAUCCGGAGAAUCGGGAGCGGGGAAAACAGAGUCAACGAAAUACAUCCUAAAGUAUCUUUGCGAUUUGUGGGCAAAGGGAGCUGGGCCCGUCGAACAGAAGAUAUUAGAUGCGAACCCUAUUCUUGAGGCUUUCGGCAACGCAAAGACAACCCGCAACAAUAACAGUUCACGUUUCGGCAAAUUUAUGGAGGUUCACUUCUCCAACAAAUACCAGGUCGUCGGAGGUCAUAUAUCCCACUACCUAUUAGAAAAGUCAAGAAUUUGCACGCAAAGUGCUGAAGAGAGAAACUAUCACGUGUUCUAUCUGCUGUGCGCGGGGGCCCCUCAAGAACUACGUUCGGCGUUGAAGAUAACCAAACCCGAUGAUUAUUUGUAUCUCAAAAAUGGUUGCACACAAUAUUUUACAUCGACACAAUCAGAAAAGAAAAUCAAUGCCAGUCAGAAGAGCAAGCAGCAACAAGCGAAAGCUGGUCUGAGAGACCCCAUAUUGGACGAUGUCGAGGACUUCCAAAGGUUGCACCAGGCCUUAUCCCGAGUUGGUUUGUCAGAAGCAGAGAAGAAAUCUGUGUACUCCGUAGUAGCGGCCGUACUUCAUCUCGGCAAUGUGGAAUUUGAAGAGGAAGGGGGUGCGCGGGGAGGUUGCCGAGUGAGUCCCGAGUCUGAGACCGCACUCGCGACGGCGGCUUCUCUGUUGGGGGUUGACCCCGGGGAACUUAGGAUGGCGCUGGUGUCCCGACUCAUGCAAAGUUCCCGGGGCGGCAUCAAAGGAACUGCCAUCAUGGUGCCCUUAAAGACGUACGAGGCAUCAAGCGCCCGCGACGCGCUCGCAAAAGCCGUGUACAGCCGGCUCUUCGACUACAUCGUGCGGCGCAUCAAUGACAGCAUCCCCUCGAGCGCCUCAGCCUACUACAUCGGCGUGCUGGAUAUCGCUGGCUUCGAGUACUUCCAAAUGAACAGCUUUGAACAGUUCUGCAUCAACUACUGCAAUGAGAAGCUGCAACAGUUCUUUAACGAGCGUAUCCUCAAGAACGAGCAGGAGUUAUACCGGAGAGAGGGGCUCAAUGUGCCCGAGAUCAGAUUCGUGGACAACCAGGAUUGCAUUGAUUUAAUUGAGAGCAAGAACCACGGAAUAUUCCAUAUCCUGGACGAGGAGUCCAAGUUGCCCAAACCGGAUUACGGGCACUUCACUAACGCGGUGCAUAAAGAGCUCAGUGGAAAUGUUGCGAGUGCCCGCCUCCAAGUGCCACGCGCGUCUCGUCUCAAAGCUCACCGCACACUGCGCGAUCAUGAGGGGUUCCUUUUGCGACAUUUUGCCGGCGCGGUGUGCUAUAACACUAACCAAUUCAUAGAGAAGAACAACGACGCCUUGCACGCGUCCUUGGAGUUCCUGGUGCAAGAAUCCAACAGCGGGCUCGUGCAGCAGCUGUUCGAGACCGUGGACAACAACAACGCGAAGGGGAAACUCAACUUCAUCUCCGUGGGCGCCAAGUUCCAGACGCAGCUGUCACAGCUCAUGGACAAGUUGAAGGAGAACGGCACCAACUUCGUGCGCUGCAUCAAGCCCAACUCGCGCAUGGUGGGGCGCGAGAUCGAGGGUUCGCUGGUACUGACGCAGCUACAGUGCAGCGGUACGAUCGCGGUCCUGGCGCUCAUGGAACAUGGCUUCCCGUCCCGCGCGCCCUUCGCCGAGCUACACAACAUGUACAAGGCCUACCUGCCCGCCAAGUUGCAGACGCUCACGCCGAAGGUGUUCUGCCAGGCAAUCGUGCACAGCUUCGGUCUAUCCGACAAAGACUACAAGUUUGGUGUCACGCGUGUUUUCUUCCGGCCCGGAAAGUACUCGGAAUUCGAUACCAUCAUGAAAUCUGACCCGGAGAAUUUGAAAGCCAUAGUGGACUCCGUCUUGGCCUGGCUUGUCAAGUCCCGCUGGAGAAGGUCUAUCUUCUCCGCUCUGUCUGUCAUCAAAUUAAAGAACAAAAUCCUCUACCGGCGGCAAUGCCUAGUCACCGUACAGAAGGCUGUCAGGGGCUACUUAGUCCGUCGCCAGCAUCAGCCUCGAUACCGCGGCAUCACCAAGAUCAAAUCACUGGAGAACAAUCUGAAAGAGAUGGAAGCUGUCAUUCCCCAACUGAAGAAAGAGAAAGAAAAUGCUAAGAAGAACAUCGAGAACUUGAGGAAUUCCAUCAGGGGCGCUUGCACUACUAUCAAGACAAAUCCGAAAAUAAGCCGAACAGAUAUUGACAAGCUAUACACGAAACUCACAAAGGAUGUGGAGUCUCAGAUGGCAGCACUACAAAAGGCGAUGAUGGAUCAGAAGAAUAGGGAAGAGCAAGAGAGGUUACGUAGAAUCGAGGCGGAGAUGCGAGCCGCAGAGGAAGCUAAGCAAAAGGAGCAAGAACGUAUAAAGCAAGAAGAGGAGCACCGAAGACUUAAAGCGGAAAUGGAAGCUCGUCGCAAGGCUGAAGAAGCGGAAAGGCUUAAGCUGGAAGAACAGGAUCGCAUCGCGGCGAUGAAACUUCAGCAGCAAAUGGAACAGGCUGCGAAAGCCGACCAGGAGAACAGAGAAAGGUUAGAACAAGAGCGGAGGGACCACGAGAUGGCAGUACGACUUGCAAAAGAAACCAACGGACACGUCGAAGGAUCCCCACCACAGUUGAGGAGUUUCCCCUCUAUGGAGUCGAUGAACGGGGAGAAUAAGUUGAACAGGUCAGAACGUGUACGCAUGCAGCAAGCGAUGCAGGGAAAACAAAAGCACGAUCUUUCAAAGUGGAAAUAUUCUGAACUACGUGACACAAUCAACACUUCUUGUGACAUCGAACUUCUUGAGGCUUGUCGGCACGAGUUUCACCGUCGGCUGAAGGUAUACCACGCGUGGAAGGCAAAGAACGCGCGGAAAUCCACAAUGGCCGAACAGGAGCGGGCCCCGCAAUCCAUCAUGGAUGCCGCAAAAACACCGCGUCUCCCUCAGAAGGGUGAUAUACUAGGCGCAAGGCAUCGAUACUUCCGCAUUCCGUUCGUAAGACCGGGCGGCGGUGCCGGAGGCGAGGGAGAACGUCGCGGCUGGUGGUACGCACACUUCGACGGGCAGUACGUGGCGCGACAAAUGGAGUUGCAUCCCGACAAGACGCCAGUACUGCUGCAGGCUGGUGUGGACGACAUGCAAAUGUGUGAACUGAGCCUAGAGGAGACGGGCCUGACUCGGAAGCGCGGAGCGGAGAUCCUAGAGCACGAGUUCGAGCGCGAGUGGACUCGCCACAACGGCCCGUCCUACGUGCCACCGCACUCGCGCAUGCGCUAACCAGAUAGCAGAAUACCAGAGUGGAUUAAAUUAUAACAAAAAGUAGAAUUUGCGAUUUGUAUACCAUAUUAGUAAAUGGAGUCCAUUCCACGACAGCUGGUCAUAUUAUAAAAGUCUUAUAAGGUUUAAUCAUCUCAAAAUAAUUAAAGUAACGAAAUUUAAUAAUAAAAUUAGGAUCUAACUUUCAAUUCUUCAUCAUUUUCAGUGAUCAUCGACCAAAGUAAGUUACACAGAUCUAAGUAAAAAAAACAGAAUAAUUUUUAAUUUUAAAAACAAAACUUCAUUUGUUUUACAUUUGCCCGCGUUAAUUACAGUUUCUUCGUAGUUACAAAUCGUAGAAGCCGUUUGUUUAUUGUGAUAAAAAGUAUGUAUCUCCGUCCUUUCAACUAACUCUUUGCCAAAAAUCAAAUUGAUUGACUGUUUAGUUAGAUCGUAAAGGGAGGACAAACUAACAAACAAAUAAACAAAAAUUCUUUCGCAUUCAUGAUAAAAAUAAGGAUACACGAUAACAUUGUGGAUCCUACUAAAAUACAAGGUGACAAAAUAGAUUUGAAGUCUCUCUACUGAAUAACUUGUCGAUGCGGUUGCGUUAAGGCAGCAUGAGAUUUGCAAAGCAAUUGACCCUCUGAGUACAGUCCUUAACAUAUAAAAUUUCAAACAAAUCAAAAUAAAACCGUGAUCUUUUUUAUUUAUAAUUUUUCUAUAUGUUUAUGUGGUGUACAACAAAAGUGAAUUCAUUCAUUCAUUUAUAAUGAAAAACAGAACGUACGACUUUAAAACCAGGUAAAUAAGGUUAAUUUUACUUUGACGUAACAGUUUUGCAGUUAGGAUGUGCAAAUCUUAUUUAAGUACUAAAAAUACAGCUUUCGCGGAAUGGAAUUUAGUAAGAUACGAUUGAAUUAGUGCUUUCCAAUGUGCCUUCAAGGGUUAUUUAGGUGUAUCAUAGUGCAAUAUAUUAUAUUCAGAGGAUAUUCCACCGUAGACUUGAUAUUUGUGAUUGUUUUAAAAGUACACAAUUUAGAUAUUAAUUAUAAAGUAGUCUCUGCGGUGCUAUGCUGUAACAUUUUGACAGUUGGCAACUUGAAGUUGGAACUCGAUCGCUAUCUGUCAUCUUAUACGUUCGGCCAUUUUAAAUCGUACGCAUUAUGUUAGUUGGCCUAACUGAAAUAACUUAUAAUGGCGCAAAAAGCGUGUAAAGGAAUUCAAUGGUGCCAUUUAUAGCACAUUUAUAGACAUGACAGAUGUCUCUUAGAGCUUAUCUCAUACCGCUCAAAUAAGAUCGUGCGAUCUGUACGUGUCCUCUGUGUGUGUGAGGGUUAUUUCUAAAUAACAUACUGUGUCGAUCAAAAAAAGGGAUCAAUUUUCCCACGGUCAACUACGUGAAUGAGAAAACAGACAGACUGUCAGAAUUUGAAAACUUUGUGUUUAGUUUAUGAUGCAGAUUCUGAAUAUCAAAUGUAUCGUUGGCAGAUAGCGCGAGAAUCGCUUUUAUGUCAAAAAUAUUACAGCAUAAGCCUGCUGGUAAGGGAAGUUGUAAGAAACAAAUAAUGGUAAACGCAGAUGUGGCAACGCCGUAACGCUACGUACCUUACGCUUACAUACGUAAAUGUCGACUUUCAUAUUGCUGAUAUUAUGUUUAAGAACCAUCACCACAACACUACGUAAGAAAAAACUAUCGUACCAUUGAACAAAGUACCGGUAAAAUUUUAACUUCAAUAUUAUAGUUAAAGUAGAACAAAAUGGUCCCGAACAUCAGUUAUUUUGAAAUUAGAGUAACAAAAUAUUUUUUUGGGUGUGUUAUCAAAAACUAGUUAAAAUGUUGUCCUGAUGUCUAGAUUGAGAUGUCCAGUUAUUGUACUUGCUUAACAAUGUUUAUGUAUGCGUGAUUGUAUUCAAACUUACAUUUCGCCCUGCGGGUACAAUUCACCUAUUGAUUAUCUAUUAAUGCUAUAAACAAUACAUUUUUGAGAACAUUAACAUUUACAGCUUAAAAGAAAGCAUAACAUGUUGGCAUAUAAUAAUAACAGUAAGUGUGGUGUUGACACAUAUGUGAUUACCUUAACGAACUAUUAUUAAGGUAAGUCUAGACUACGUAACAAUAUUAUAUACAUCUAGAGCUGGUCAAUUCUAAUAAAAAUAGUGCCAAUUUUGCUGUUAAAUAAAUCUUUAUCUGCAAUCUGUUUUCAGACAAACAAAAGCACAGCACAGCUCGACUUCGAGUCCUGUCAGUUUUGUUUAGAGAUUUGUGUACAAUAGAAUUGGCGCUAUUAUCACUUUAUCUGGGUGUCCGUAUGUGCCUUCAGUAUUGCUAACUUUGUUAAGAUUUAAGACUGUUUUAAAAAUGUAGACACAUUUUUAAAACAUAUUAAAAUGAAGUGUGAAAUAGUGUAGACUCGCCUUUAUGAAUUGUAUUUUUUAUUUAUAAGAAAGAAUUUAUUUUCACAAGAAAAGUGUUCAAACAACAAUCUGUUAGAAUAUGCGCGUGAAAGAAUGACGACCGAUCUAUUAUUUCAGGGAUGGACGAUUUUUACCAUGCAAAGAUUGGCUGUAAACAAUUUUUUUAUCUGCGUCUACGUUUUAUUUAUCUAGUGUUUUUCCUUGCCAUAAAAAGGCCACUUUCAAUUCCACAACAUUCCAUCGCAAUGAAAUUACUCGCACCGAUUAGAAAGUGCAUGCUAUAAAUCAUAUUUUAGUAAUAUAUUUCGCUAUUGUUAACAGAAUACAACGUGUAAAUUAAAACCGAAAUGAUAAUUUUUGUGUAAACAAUUGCCAUAGAUUUUAUUUAAAGAAAACAGAUACAGCCCUUAUAUCACAUGUAAAAGUAAAAAUCAAGUGACUUCCUGUCACUUUAUUAGGUACGCUUCGCGAAGCGUAGGUACUAUGCACGUGUCGGUCUUUUUUCUUCAAUAGGGUUGUCAUAAAUAUAAACUUCAAAUGUUUUGAAUAGUUCAUAUGUAUUCACGCUUCUUUUGAUUUAAAAUUUUUACAUGGCGAUUCCUUAUUUACGAAAUUACGAAAUACUGUUGAAUGGUGCAUAAGUAUAUUUCACUUAUGCACCAUUCAACAGUAUUUUGAAAUUUCGUUACACGUUGUAUGCCGUACGUACAGUCGUUGGUUACCAAACGUUAACUGAAUUUCACUUUGCCCAGCCGCAAAGUGUACCCGGGCAGAAAUGCAAAUUUUAUAGGCUUCUCUGUAAAAGACACAUUGUAUUGUGCUUGUGACUAAAACAUCUUAUAUAUUUUCUAUCAAUGCAUGGCUAAGUCAUUUUUGAAUUCUUGCAAUGUAAUAUGUUGCGUCCGUCGAGAUCUUUUACAUACGAACUACAUACAUAAUUAACUAAUAUUAAAUAAAAAAAAUUAACUGUGAUUACUUUGAGAUGUUAAGAUAAAUGGAUUGUACUAAAAAUGAAAUAUUUAUUACAACAUUCCUAUUAUUAAUAAAAAAAGACUGGUUUAUGACAGUUUUGGUAUUAUUUAAAAUUCAGUAUUUUUUUCUUACUGCGAGUAUAAAUCCAACAGUAUUUAAGACAUUCCUAGAUAAAUAUUAUAUUUUAAAAUUUAUUGUUUACAUAAAGAAUUCUAAUUAUAUGAAAAAAAUGUAUUUAAAGUACAAUAUAUUAAGUACAGAGUUAUCGUGAGUGCCUUUUUCAUGCCGUAUAGUACAUGACUUUGUGUUAUGCUUUACCAAAUAAAAUUAUCGAUGAAAUAUU